UAAAUGCUCAACUUCCUAGUCUCAAUGUGGUUUUGGCUAGGACCCAAUCGUUCUGGGUUUCCACUUGGAACUACAUUUUUAUUAACCCUUAUUCUGUCAGUGUGGCUCGGAGGCAUCCAAGGCAGUCUCUGUCUUGGUCCGGAUGGAGUUUUCCCAGGACUUCAAGUUUACCGCCUGGCACUUUACGCCCUUAGUCAUGAGGAACUGCAAUCCCUUGUUUGUAGCGCCGCCCUGCUGUUAUGGCUUGGACUGCGCCAGGAGCAACACAUGGGGACAGUGGCUUUCCUGGCCCUCUCCCUGCUCUCCACAGCUCUCCCGGUCCUGUUGUAUAUCUUCUUCCUCUCUCUGGGUGGAGAACAGCCCAGCCGGAUUUGUGGUUACUCUGCCACCCACCUUGCUAUGUUGACAGCUCAGUGUGGGCGCAUAAAGCAGAGGCGACUCCUUCGUUGGGUACCUGUGUGGUCACUGCCUUGGUUGCUCUUGGUUGUUGACCUUGUUCUGUUACCCAACACAUCCAUCCUACUGCAUGUGUGUGCCAUCUGCGUGGGCCACUGCUAUAGCCCAGCUAUGAUCAGGAGGCUGCAGAAGGCAGAAAAGUUAGCAGUUUGGGGUGCCUUGCCAACAUGGGCUUUCAUUCCCUCCUCUUCCAGAGACUGGUUACCCACCAGCAUCACCACACAGAGGGCGAGAGUAUUUCCUGAUUCUUCAUCAUCUGGUCGGACAGUGUCAUCCCACAGGCCUCCCUGGGAGGACUCUCAUCCUGUACCCCUACAGCCCUGGUCUCCCCCUGUGCAUGAUUGGCUGGUGGAGGGGGCUGUAUCUGCCUCAGAAGUUCAACUAUUGGACGAGGAACUGCUGAGGGCAGGGAUAUUGGCAUCACUGCAGGAUGUCUCAGAAGGACCAGGUGACAAAGUGGAGGUGCCUAAAUCUUCAGUGUCUUCGUUACGGCUACAGCAGCUGGAGAAAAUGGGAUUUCCCACAGAGAAAGCAGUGGUAGCACUGGCAGCCACCGGGAAGCUAGAUGGCGCCAUCUCCCUGCUGAUUGAUGAUAGGGUUGGAGAGGAGGCUGUGGUGACGUCCAAGGGGAAGAGCCCAUCGCAACCACAGUGUACCUGAGCGCAUUCCCAGACACUCUGGCUCCUCUGCCAUUCCAGAAAACUGGGACCUGCCUCUUGUUAACACCAUGGAUGUGUUUGUGACUUGCUCAACACUGGAGCAGAAUUCUGGCCGGGUGAACCCAGAAGGAGAUGCUUAAUGCGGGUCUGGAAGAAUUCUGUGGCAGCACACUAUGAAGGGUUGCUGUGUUGAUCCAGUGGUGGCUCAAGACAAACAGAAGAGAGACAUGGGCA